AUUCUCAAUCGACAAGGAGAUCUACUCGAACUGUCAAGCGCAAUGCUGGAAAAACCUCGGCGCUCGAUAAAAUAAGGUGAGAGAUUUUGCGAUCAAAAAUUCUUCUCGUGUUUACUGGUUUUUGCCAUUUGUCUCGGGUGCAAAAUGUAUCAACUUUAUUCUGAAUUCUUCACCAGAAAAUUUCGUGAGACUGGAGAGAGAUCAACGUUUGAGGUACAGAGUUAACUGCACGUAUAGUCCGGCCAUGUAAUGAUCGAUAAUUCUAAACAGUUGUUAAUUUCUUUCAUCGAUGUUGUACGUUUCUACGGUUUAUCGUGAUUUUGAACCAGCUAUAGAAUACAGGCUAUUGAGAUAUUUGACAUCGUUUUCUCUGAUUUGAUCAAAGACUGGAUCGAAUGAAAGCUGGGAGACCGUCAAUUUAUAUUUCGUUAUGAAAAUAAUUGAUAAAAUUUCCGCACAGCUCCAUCCUACAUUUUGUAUUCAGUUCUUGAAUAGAGAAAACAAUGACAAAAACAAUACAUUUCCAUUGGGAAAACAGAUUUGUUUAACAAUAGUAUAGGGCUGUGUGGAAACUUUACCUUAACUUCCAAGAUCUGAUUGUUAAUUCUCUCUUCUGGCUGCUAUACAUUUCUUUGUAAAGUUGUGAUAAGAAUUUAGUGUUAGAUCAAGACAACAAUUUCUACCUAAUAAGUUUGAGCAUUUUCGUUACCUGUUUGCUGACCAAUGUAUGGAUAUUUUAGGGAAAAUUACUUCUUAAUCACCUCUGGGAGUUUAAGAGUUAAAUGGCAAACUUUCUUAGAUUAUAGGUUUUUCUAAAUGGAGACAUAGUAACAGAAAGAGAGGAGCUAAAAUCCUCGUGGCCGCCCUAUUGGUGCUGCUGACCCAAUCCCAACCCAACUUUUAACUGUUUAACUUUUAACUUUUUUCUUUUAACCCAAGGGUUAAGAGGACUUCCCUCUCCCUCCCCUCUCAUCCUAUCCUCCAAGGAAUGAUAUAUUUAAAAAGAAAACUUCCAAACUUUUCCAUAUAUUUCUUUGGAUUAAGGUCACAAGAAAUAUUGUGGCUAAUUUCCUUUUCUGUGACUAUCUGUGUAUUUUUAACAUAAACCAUUGUCUUAGAGAAGACUAUACUGCUGUGGAUUCAAUACAUGUGUUUCCAGAAUUGAGACUCAUAUUUUCCUCACUAGGUUGGAAACCUUGAUGAUGUUUAUCAGGUAGUGAAUGAAGAUGAAUACUCUGACAUUGUUAGAAAACGACAGGAGGAUGACUGGGUGGUUGAUGAUGGUAAGAGCUGUGUCCAGGAUUGUGAAGAAUAGUUGUCUUUAAGGGUUCUUGUUGAGUUAUAUGGUAAACACCAAACUUCAAGUAGAGUCAUGCAUUGCAAAACCUUUUAACAGACCAAUUCAUGUUUAAAAAAUUUUUUGGAUCCCUCUAGCCAGAGACAAGGGUAUAAAAUAAUCAUUUUUCUUUAUCUCUGUUUCCUAAGACACCAUUGUGGAGUAAAUGCAAGGGAUCUUUAUCAUACACUAUGAGCAAUGUCUUUUCUGCUCUGGGGUUGUCUGCGUACAUGAUGGUUGAAUGUGCUUUUGUUUUCAGAUGGGACAGGAUAUGUGGAUGAUGGACGAGAAAUAUUUGAUGAUGAUCUCGAUGAUGAGCCACCAACUGGUCAGUUGAUAAAUAAUUAAUAAUUGGUCAUUAAUAUUGAAUAUAUUUUUAAUAUGUUUUUAAUAACUUCCAGUAGUCAUUUAUUGAAAGCUGUUUCAAUUUUUUCAGGAAAGAAUGUCCCCAAAUUCAAACCAAAGAGGCCGGUAUGGUUGAACUUGUUGAUUCUUGUUGUUGAUAUUUUUCUAAUCCUAUUGGAAUGAGUUGGGAAAGGGGGCUGGUGAGGGGAGGGGAGGAGGGCACUUGGCUGUGUGAUUCUCAGACCAUCACAAUCUGACCCUGGUCAACCCAAAAUUUUUUCAUUUUGUCACACUGUUCAAGACAGCUAAUCAGGUACAGAUUUUGGUGAUUGCCCUCAGAAGCCACAUUCAGCUUAUUGAGACAGCCUGAAUAUUUUCAAUUUUCGUUGUGGUUUGGUCGGCUUAGGUUGUUGAGCGCUCAACUGCUGUGCAGAAGGUGAAGGGUUCACGUCCCAGACUGUACCAACACUCAGGGUCUUAAAAUAACUAUGGAGAAUGUGCUGCCUUUUCUAUGACAUCUGGUUAAUCAUAACCAUUACAAUUUCCUCAUUAAUCAUUCUGUAAUUGUAAUCGGAGAAUUGGUGGCAAUAAUGGGACAGUUGGCUGUAAUUGGACACCUAUAAUUGGACAGUUGAAGCAGCCAAUCAUACAAAGUCCACUCAGCCAAAUCCACCAAUCACAAAAUUAAUCACAAUAACCAUAGCAAUAACCACUUAAUAUAAAACUGAGGAAUUUCCAAAAAUGGAUAAAUUUCUUUUUCUUUAGUCAUUUGUCUCUAAAUGAAAUUAUUGUUUUUGGAAAUUGUAACGGUUAUGAUUGAUUGGUAACAGGACUUCUUGUUGUCCAAUUCUGUCUGUAAUUGUACUCGUGAUUGACAAAUUGGACUCCUAUUUUGCAGUUGUCUAAUUUUGUUAAUUACUGGUAUGAUUAUGGAUGGAAAUGGACUCCACUCUGUCCUAUUACCAUUAUUGAUCAUUCUAGUUUUCAUGGAUAUGGAUGAGAAAUCAUUUCUUUCUCCUGCAUAUUCUCUGUACUGGUUAGCAGGUGACAUUACAGAACCACUCACUUUUCACAAAGAGUACAGAACCUAGCACCUGGUUUUGUGGUCUGGCAUUGUUUCCCAAAUUGGAGGCAUAUGCAAAUCUUUUUAAAAAAGAAUUGUGAACUGUGCAAUGCAGUCUGACCAAAGUACCCUGGAAAAUGUUAUAAAGUGCAUUGGAACAUUAGUAGGGGUUAUGGGCUAUUAGAAUGCCUCAUCAUCAUUAUUAUGAUACUGUUUAAUAGUUACUCCAACAAGUUACUUUUUAUGAUUAUUUAAAGAAUGUGAAAAAGCCAACAGUGAAACCAAAGACAAUUAACAAGAUGUUGUUGGCUGCAAGUGCCAAAGCAAAGAAAAUCAAGGUUAGUGUGGUGAACACAGUUUUUUUGCUUAUGACUUUGACCUUUGGUAGUAAUAUUAAUAUGUAAUUGUGUAGUCUGGCUGUACUAGUAAGAGGAAUAGUCCUAGGAAGGACUUCUGUCAAUAAGAGUGACUGGGGCGUAAACAACUUUAGCAGAAGUUUUCAUCAGAGUCAAGUUUUGAGUUGUUGUUACUGGAGUGGAAUGUGUGUUUGUGUGAACUGAUUAGUCAGGUUCAAGUGAUAUUAUUGGCUGUUGUAGCAGAAGUCAGUCCUGAUUGGUUAGUUUUGAUCCAUCGGUAAUGUUCAGUUAUUCUAUUUUGUUGGUUUGUUAUAUAAAUGUCAUAAAUUUUUUGUUUGUAUGGUGUCUGUAAUUGUUGACAUCUGCUAUCAGAAGUCUGUUUAUGAUAGUAAACAAGCUUACUGCAAUAAGAUUAACUGUUGUUUAGAUGGAGGGAAUACCAAACUGAGAAUGGCAUCCUCAAGCUCUAACUGUAUAAAAUUUACAAACAAUUAUUUUGCAGACUGAAGUAACAUCCAUUGGUGAAGAUGAUUUGUUGAAUGAUCUCCUCAAGGAAGUGGAAGUAUGUAGAAGAAAUGGAAGCAUGCCUUUCAUAUUUUAAUGGACCCUUUUAACUCUUUAACUCCCGUGAGUGACCAAGACAGAAUUUCUCCUUACAUUAUAUCAAUACAAUAUCCACCAGAUAAGUGAUGAGAAUAAAGAAAAAUAUCAAUUUGGGAAUAAUAAGUUGAUCCAGUGCUAAAUUCUCUGAACUAACAUUAUAAUAAUAGUAUUGUUGACAGUAAAGAGAAUUACAAAUUUGAUCUGGGAGUUAAAAGGUUAAUUGAGUACUUCAGGGGAAAGAGUAAUUGUUGUUGAAGUUAAAAAAAAAAUAGAGCAACAGAAAGGUUCACUUCCGACUCCAAGUUCUUCCUAUCCUUAAUUGAACCCAGGUGGCUGAUGCCAAUCAGGCCUCCUUUGACAAAAUGAAUUUUUUUUUUGUCAAGACCUUACUUAUACAUUCUUCUUCAUUGCUAACCAGUUCCUCAGUGUGUAAGACUUUUGAAACAAUGGUAUCAUUAAUUGUGUAAUAUUUGAUAAAUAGAUUUUGAGCUGAAGAUGUCUUUUGCGCAAUAGUGUAUUAGGGCAGUCAGUUGCAAAUCAUUUUGCACUAGUUGGGAAAGAAGGUUUAUUAUAAAUGAUUCUAUUCUAUAUAUCUAGCAACCAAGACCAGCUCCAGUGAAAUAUUCAAAGGGAACACCACAAGUUUUAAGGUAUUUCUUGCUGUAUUGAAAUGCUUCUCUGAAAGAUUCUUGCAUUAUUUCCUUGGCAGUCAGACUGAUGAUAUUAAUGGUACUUAUAUUAUUCAUAUCUAUCUAGAACUCCAACAUCAGCUUUGCCAACUGGUAGCACUCCAAGACGACUUCAGGUAUGACUUCUUGUUGUAUUUAGCAGGGGAGAAUUAAAUGAUAAGUCAGUAUAAGAUUCUUGAUUACCAAGGACACAGACCGCUAGGAAAAAUCCGCUGGCCCAAGAAUAAACACCUUUACCUGUGGGAGUGACUUAAGAGGAAUUUCCUCUUUCAAUAUUAUAAUACUUUCUCUGAUACUUAACAGCAAUCAUCUGGGCCACGGCAGAAUAUUUUUAAAGUGGAACCAAGAUCACCGCCCAAAUCCAGCCAUGCCAAAAAUCUGCCAGCCAAGAGGAAAACUGUUGUCAAGGUUGAACCAACUGAGAGAGGGGAGGGGAGGUACAGUGGGAUGGUCGGAGACCCAUCAAGAGGAGAGGAGAAUGAGAGUUGUGAGACAGCAAUGGAUAUGGAUUUAGGUAAGUAUGGAAAAAUUGUUGGUAAUAGAUGGUCACAAAAGAUGUGUGACAUUUAGCUUAUCUUAUGUCACAACUUAUCACUAGUUGAUAUCCAGUGUGCAGAACAGGUUUAAUUUUGGCAAGGGAGUACUCAGUAUUUUCUUAACAAAAAUUAUGGCUGCCAUCAUUGAUUUUAAUAGCAGUGGAAGGCUAGGAAGAGAAAUAAAUUUGUACCAAGGGGGUGGGGGAAGGGGAGGCAAUGAUACUGCUUUCCAUUCCCCUGCCCAUGCCCCCACCAUCCACUCUGACUCCAAAUCAAACAUGGUCAGUCUGAUAAACAAUCACCAGCUUAUAGUGUCAGCUCACCCUAAUAAGAUGCCUGCACCGCAGGCUAGUUGAUAUCUGAUGAUUGUUGUUCCAGGUGAUCCUAUUAUGGGUUGUGAUGACUUUGGAGAUGACGACCUUGGUGAUGCAGAAGCAAUCCAGGCAUUAACAAAUGUUGAGACAAAUCCCGAUGAAAAACCCACUAUAAAAGUGAAGGUAGUACAAAUGCUGUAAUAAGUGUCUCCUCCUUAACCCCCCCUCCCUACUGAAGUUUCUGGUUACAACCCUCCCCCCCUUCCUGGAAAAUUUAUUUUCCUCCUCCCCCAUCUCCAGAUCAUGUGUACUAUAGGUGGCCUCGGUUGACAUAUAGGCCGACAAUUGACCCAUAUAUCGGUCGACUAUCAGUCGACUAUCGGUCAGCAAUCAACUGACUAUCGGUCGACAGUCGACUGAUAGUCGACCGAUAGUCGACCGCCUAUCUCCCAUGGUAAAAUUCACCCUAGUGUUGUUAUUUGUUUAAGCUUGGCAGGUCCUACAUUCAGAAUAUUCUGACUUGUAUGUAAAGGCUUCAAACAGUUUGAGCAAACCUUUUAAAAAAGGCACAAAUUGCAUUUUGAUUGUAGGUUGAAACAAUUGAGAAGAAGACUGACAGGAAAUGUGCUCUCCCUCAAAAGUAUGUAUAGUUAUUUUAAGACCAGCCUUCUGGAUAAAAAUCACAUGGCCAUUUAAAAAAAAAAUUCUGCUUUCCUUAUGAUUCUUGAAAUUUAUCUUUUGUUUUUGAUAUUGUGGUAUUUUUUAUUUGGAUUUUUUAAACAUCAUAUUUCUUAUUUCCAGAUCAACAGAAAUUUCUGGUGAUUCAGCCUGGGAGACAAUUCUAGAGAAUGAAGAAUCACAUCAAGAGGUAAUAGAUACCAAAUUUUUUUACAAAAUUUUUUACAAAAUUUAUAUUCUAUUUGAUUCCCUAUGCACAGCCAUAUUAGUGCUGAUUAUGGUAAUAAUAACAAGUAUUAUAAUUGGAAAGUAAAUUUGAUUCUUUUGUUUUAACACCAGGUACUGUCAGAUGUCAAUGUAGAUUCCUCCUCCCUCCCUCUUCAGGAAUUUGAGGGUAAGUGCACUUUCACAGUCUAGAAUUAGACUGAUUUGUUACCAACUCUUCCACUCUGCCAUGAUGAAACAUUUCAUUCUAUAAAAUCAUGUAAUUUAUCUCAUUUUGAACUUGCAAUUUCAGGAGAAAAAGUCCUCAAGUUCUUCUGGUUUGAUGCCUAUGAAGAUAGAUUUAAACUGCCAGGUAAAUAGAUACAGUGGUUUCAAUAUCACCAAGUGAACUCUAUGCUCUUUUCAGUUGCUCACAAUGUAAAUCAUUCUCUCAGGUACUGUUUACUUGUUUGGAAAAGUCUGGAUUGAAUCUGCAAAAACUUAUGUCAGGUGAGGUAUCUAAUUUUAACCAUAUUUAUGGUUCAUUCGCGAUCUAAGAACCUGUUACACUGAAUGCUCACAAGAGAGAAAACAAGGAAGUCAGAGCAAGAGAGAAAUUAAAUGCGUGGACAGAGAAAAAAGCUAUAUACAUUUUUACACUGAGGCAAACUCCCAUUUUUUUAACCCUUUCACUUCCAAGAUCUUAUUAGUAAUUCUCCUUGCUGUCUGCUAUACAGUUGUUAUGAUGAAAGUUUGGAUAAUUUGGCAUUAGGUCAACAAAUUAUCCCCUAAUUGAUAUUUUCUUCUCAUCAAUUGUCUGCUUGACAUUUUAUUGAUAUUGUAAGAAGGAAUUCUCUCUUGGUCACUCAUGGAAGUUAGAGGUUAAAAUGUAGUAUUUGUAAUUGGUAUAGUCAAUGUACUUGAAAGGAGUAAAAAACAUUCAAAUUUGUUUGUGUUCAAUUUUAAUUUUACUGUUAUUGUUGCAGUUGUUCUGUGGCUGUCAAGAACAUAGAGCGCCAGAUCUUUAUUCUUCCACGAGAAAAGGUUUGUUAAAGAAGGCUUCUGCAGUGCGUAUUUAACAACUCCUCAAUGAGGGCAAAGUUAAAAAUGUUGAAUAAUCCCCCAGACUCAGUAAUAUUCACUGUGCCUUGGGAAAUAAUUGGUAUAAUAGCUUAGGUGCUAUCAAAUUCUGCAGCAAAUUCCUUUUGUUGUCAAAACCAUUUAUUGACAACUGUUUUGAUUCCUUGUAUUGAGAUAUCUUAAUUGGCCACCUUUACGGUGGCCAAUUUAUGUUAUCAUCUUAGUUGAUAAUACUAAAUUACCCCUUUAUACUCUCUUACUAAUGCAACACCACAAAUUCUUUAGAAACUUUCCCUCUUUAUCCCUAUAAGGUGUACUGAUUUCAGCAGCUUUCAAUGUUUUAUGUUUUGGGUAUUUAUCUGCUUCUUUUUUUAACCAAACAGAAACAUGAAGUUGAUGGCACUGUGACAAAUGAACCAGUCAGUUUUAUUGAUGUGUAUCAGGUAAAAGAUAAGAGAGGAAAUUAUUGACUCACUUUUUUUGAUUGCAUCUUUCUAAAAGCAGUAUGUAAAGUAUUCAAUUUCUUUUCUUUUGCAAUUGUAUUUUCCAGUGACUUAAAAAGUAAGCUUCUAUAUUCUCUCUUUGCCAGGAAUUCAACGAGAAGAUUGCAACAAAACACAAAAUUAUGAAGUUCAUCUCCAGGGUAAACUUAAAUUUUGAAUAGUGUAUAUUAGAUGCUAGAAUCUGUUUAGAUGCUAAUGGUUGUAUUUCAGAUAGUUAAAUUGUUUUUUCCUCAAAAGUGUUUCUAUUUGUCUGUGUAGAAAGUUCAAAAAGCUUAUGCCUUUUGAAAUUGAAGAUGUCCCUGUCACAUCUGAGUACCUGGAGGUCAGAUAUUCAGUAAGUCAGAAACUUGUUUACUGGUGUCAUAAACUUCAAGCAACAUUACCUCAUUAUGUAACUUUUAGGUACUAAGUUACUUAAAUUUCAGAGAAAGGCUAGAAAGUUAUUGAUUGGAUUAAGUAAUUUGCUGCUUGCAGGUACACUGGGUUAAUUCAAAGUUAAACAUUAAGGUUACCUUUCAAUCUUAAUUGUUUCACUCAAAGGAGAGAAUGAAAAGGAAUUUACACCAAAAAUAUCACAAUAUUCUUGAGUAGAAGAGUAAUGUGAAGAAGGAAAAAUAUCCACUUAACCCUUUAACUCCCAAGAUCUGAUUGUUAUUCUCCCCUCUAGCUGUUACACAUUUCCUUUUAAAUUAGUUAAGAGAAUUUGGUGUUAGAUCAAGAUAACAACUUCUACAUGAUAAGUUUUAAUACUCUCAUUACCUGUUUGCUAGAUAGUGUAAGGAUAUUAUAGGGAGAAAUUAACUCUAAAUCACUUCUUAGAGUUUAAGGGUUAAUGGAUAUUGUUUGAUUUGACAUCAAAUUCUUAGCACUAAAAUGAUAGGGAAUGUGUAGCUGGCAGUGCAGAGAAACAAAACUUAAAUAUUUGAGCUAGCAGUGGAGACAACAGUAUCAAAUUUCUCUUCUGUGCAGAGAGUACAACUCUGUCUUAGAGAGACGAUUACCUAAAAAUUGUCUUCAUUUGGUUCUCAACAGGCAGAUGGCCCUCAGCUACCAUGUGACUUGUCUGGACAAACAUUCAGUCAUGUAUUUGGUACUAAUACCUCCAGGUAAGGUUCACUCUGGCGUAUACCUGGCUAAUCUUAAGGGUGGGGUGUUUUGGUUAAGGGGAGAGGGGUGGGAAGACAUUGAGUGGGGAAGGAGGGGGCAGGUGUGUAGAGGCUUAACCCUCCCCUCCCAUGCACACUUUGUCCAGUUAGUUUUAACCCCGGGGACAACAUCAUAGAGAGUGGAGCAGGUGUUACCUCGAAUUUCUCAAAUUCAGAAAUCAAAGUAUUAUAGUGUAGGAAAUUUAAAAAUUAGUCAGUCUUGCAGCAAUGAUUAAUAACUUUGCAGUUUUUUCUCUUUGUGGAUAUUUCAUGUGGUUGUUUAACUUGGCUGAUAAUUGUUUUUUUAAAGUGUUCUUUAAAGGAGAUUUUAAAGUCAAGUUCAUUUUUAUUGCAGUCUUGAGCUCCUUUUACUGAACCGCAAGAUGAAAGGACCGUGUUGGCUCAAUGUCAAGUUACCGCGUGAGUACUUACAGUGAUUAAAAACUAAACUCUCUCAGCUGAUUCUCGUACAUUUCUUUUAUUGUCAGUUGUGAGAUUUUUGCGAUACCUCAGGACAAUAUUUGUAAGAAUCUAUUUUCCUGGUUUUUUUUUUCUUUUUAAUUUUUUUAGAGCUUCCUCAACAGCCGGUCAGCUGGUGCAAAGUAGAGGUUGGUAUUCUCACUGAUAGAGUGUUUGCAAAAAGUAUCUAAGGUAGUUACCAAGGUCAUUAUUGGCGCUUUCCUUGCCCGCGGGAAAAUACGAGGCUUUCAUUAACGCGAGCCUGCGAGACGUCUGCAAACGGGUCUAGCACUGAUGAGUCCCAGGCCCUUGGCAAACCUCUCCCAGCUUGUCUCAAAUCUUCCCGCGGACGGAGAAACGCGCGUCCUGCAGCAGUAAAAUUAUUUUUGGGUCUUUUAGGCAGUGAUCCCAAAACCGGACCUUCUUGAAGUAGCAAGUCAACAAGAUCCUCCACCACCUAUGGUAAGAACAGAGAUAACGCAGAGUUUGUUUUUUUAAAUGCCGAUGUCAGGGAUUUCAUCAUGAAACGUGGUUACAGGGAACUAGUGUAAAGGAACAGGGCUCAGUUAUUCAAAGGAAGGAUAACGCUAUCCAACGGAUCAAUGCGGAUAAGAAUAACAAAACGCAUCCCGCCAUCCGCUGGAUAUAGAUUUGUCCAAAGGAUAGCAUUAUCCACCUUUUGAAUAACCGCGACCAGGCGAGUGUCCUCCACGUCUGCAUGAAAAGUAACGGCUGAGCUAUUAGAAUUUAGCCAGAGUGUUUUCUGAUCUUUUUUGUGUACUGAAUGUGUUAGACUGUGUUUCAGUAGCUUCAUAAGAUGCUGUUUACAUGAAGAAUGUUUAUGCUGUUUUUCUUUCCUUCUUUAGGUUGUCAUGAGCCUCAGUUUUCGGACAAUGUUGAACACCAAGACUCACACACACGAGGUUAGUUUCAACAGUUCAUUCAAAUCUUGAAAUAGCAUUGAAAUGGUCUGCUUUACAGUUGAGUCACUGUGUUUCAGUGAUAGAACAUCGGAAAGUGGCUCGAUUCCUCAUACAGACUCAGAACUUUUUCUGUGUCCCACAGUCGUGACAUGGCUUAAAACAUCAUCCUCUACGUUUUUUCAUGUUUUGAUUUAGAUCUUAGCUGUGUCAGCUCUGGUACACCAUGAAGUUUCAGUAGACAAAGCUGCACCUAAACAGAAGUUUCAGUAUCAUUUCUGUGGUGAGUUGAGCAACCAUACUUGCUUAUAACAUUUAAUGUUAACCUUGUUGAAAAUGAAACGCCUGUGACUACUUUUUAAAAUAGGCACAACCUCGAUAACUCGUAGAUAAGGAAAAUAACUUGAAAAAGAAGCUGAAAUUACGGAGUGUGGAAAUUUUACGUGAUAUACAUAAAGAGGUGAAUUUAUUUUGCAGAAGAAGGGUUUAAAUCCACAAUCCGUUCAAUUUUCACAUUUAUCAGAUUCGGGUAACUUUUCGGGUCUGCCCGAUUCAAGACGGCGUCAUCAGAUUUUUGACGCUUCCGUCCGAUUUUGGGCGUCUUUGUCAGAUUUUUGACGUCUCCGUCCGAUUUUGGUCUUCUAUGGUUCUGUCUCAUGGUUCCAUGUCAGGUUUUCACGAUUUCUUUUCAUCUUUUACACCCUAACAUCAGUAUGCAUAUUCUCCAUACUGUUCUCUAUACAUUUCCUAAUGUGCUGACAGGGAGAAUUUGUUUAACAAUCAAGAGGUUCUUCAUUUGAUUAUCAUUUCCUUUAUUCUCAUAACAUGAAUGUUUGAUUCAGGGGUGAUAUUGAAAGGAGAAAUUAGAUACUGGUCACUCUCAGGGAUUAAAGAUUUAAUGCAUCAUUCAGAAACAAUCACAUCUGUAUAUAUUCUACUUUUCUGCUUUAGCUGUAAGUAAACCCAACGAUCAGAUGUAUCCUUACGACUUCAGGGAUGCUGUCAAAAAGAAGGUAAAAGUAAACACAUGCAAUAGGUUUGACUGUAAGACAGUAGAUGUGGGGAAUAUUUUCUGUCGGGGGAUGGUAUAGUGUGGAUGAACGUUUCCUUAGGGGGUCGUUCGGUAUUUGGCAGGAUUUGAGAUGUAUGUAAACACAACAAACAAUCUACAGGCAAUUUGCAUUGAAUUUAGUGAUUCUCUUUAAUUUCUCAUCUUUACCUCGUUAGCAAAUAAACAUGGAGAUUACGACGUCAGAGAGGGCUCUUUUAGGACUGUUUAUGGCCAAGAUUCACAGAAUUGACCCAGAUGUAAUUGUGGUAUGCGACUUUUCCGUUCGAAGUAUUUUCAGUGAUGUUAUACCAGCAUGCAAAAGGGGAAUGUAUCACUGAUGUUAUGGCAAGGAAGUUUCAGAUUUUACUAGAUAUUCAGCUCUAGCGCACACAAAUUCCAAAUUCAAAUGAAUAUGGUCGCACUCAUUUGGAAUUAUCAAUGUCAAAGUGACUUCAACAACUCAGAGUAUUGACUGAAUUUCAGCGAAAUGUAACAGUGUAAGGUCAGAACGAUGACUUCUGAACAUAUAAAUUGAUGCUUGUCGUUGUAGCUUGUCGUUUAAGUUGAAGAAAUGUCCUCAGCACUAAUUCUGCCACUAACAUUUGCAGUUUUUUUUUGUCUUUUUCUCUUAAGGGUCAUGAUAUCUACGGGUUUGAUCUUGAUCUUCUGAUGCAUAGAAUCAGUGCUUGUAAGGUAAAUACUACAGCUUCGAGAAUCUGCUUCCGAACAAUGCGUUAGCGAAAAAAAUGAUGAUUCAUCCCAUAACUACCCUGGGGAAGAGCACUGCGUCUUAUUUUUAGAUAGUUGGUUCUGCAAGCAGCCAAGUUGAAAGGAAUUCUUUUUUCUUGUUGGGUCACAGAAUCCAUCUCGCUCGCGUCUGCCUAUUGCCUCUGCAAAAGCGAAGCUCUUCUGCCACAUUUCCAAUUUCGUUCGUUUAGGUUGGCCAGAUUUUGUUGUCUCUAAUAUCCUUGCGUAUUAUAGAAAUAUGCCAAAAAAAAGACUCAGUAUCUUGUCAUCUUGAUCUCACGUUUGGUCAAUAACGCAUAUAUAUAUGGUUUAUUUGCCUUAUACAAAAGGCCAGAAUUAAACUAUCGUAUGAAAUCUUUAGUUACGCCACAAGUUUAAACGUGAUGUCUGAGUCGAAUUAAAUUUUUUUAAAUUUAAACUGAAUUCAGCUAAUGUAUGAUUUUUCUCUAGAUUCCCCAUUGGUCUCGCCUUGGACGGCUGAAGAGAAGCAUUAUGCCGAAGCUUUCUGUAAGUGUCUAGUUCUCAACUUUAUGUUCAGAGCGCACAAAAAAAACUACUAACUUUUCUCCUUUAAAUUCGAGUGAUUUUCGCACAGGUGGCGACCAAGGGAUUGAUGUUUGAAUUAGUGGGUGUGGAAUGGCAAUAAUUUGCUGUUGCUUAGCGGAAAUCCCGACAAACUUCGUUUUGGGAAAGAUCUCUAAAAGUCCUCGACAAAUUUAUUUCUGGAUUUUGUCUUUUGGGGUAACGCCUUCCAGUUGAGCGAAUUACAACCAAUUGAAUAUGGCCGUUUCAAAAUUAUGAUACCGCCAAGUUUGUCGUUGAUUUAUCAGCCGCGGCAAUACUGUUUAUGGAAAGAACUCAAAAUUAAGUUCUUAGAUUCCUUUUUUAUAUCGUUACUCGACUUAAUCUCCAACGUUUGUGACAGAAUGGCGGGCCAGGCAGAGGCAACAGUCUUCUUGAUCGUUCCAUAACUUCUGGACGAAUGGUGUGUGAUGUGAAGAUUUCGUCAAAAGAACUCAUACGAUGCAAGAGUUAUGAUUUGACAGGUUUGCCGCCAUGACAUACCAACCUCUCUAUGUUAACUUUCCUAUUGCUAACAAAGUCGAAAUUAUAAAGGUUUGAUUUAGGUUUUACGAUAAACCAAAGAAAAGUUGCCAAAUGAAAGUGCGUGGGCUUUGAUGUCCUCAUUUAGGUGGUCGCAAACCAGAGUUUUAUCCAAGGACUUUUAAGUUAAAACCCCUGUGCACAGUUUGAUAAACUGAAACACAUGAGCUAAAGAACUGCUCGAUAGCUUUCAUUUGAAUCGUUUCACCGUAGAGUUUUAUCAAUUUUUUCUUUGUCUCACUUUCGUGACAAGACGAAAAACAUCUUUCUCAACAUUCUGCUUUGUUAUCAUAUAAAACCAAUCGAUACAUGUUGCCGUGGGUCUGACCAGUGAUAGAUCACAGUUGACGUCAUGAUGUGGUAAGAACAUCAGUGACACACUCAGCUGUGCCUCAUGUGACAUCAUUUUGAUGUCUUCUGUGAUCGAUUACUGGAAUCUAUUUGUUAAUUAGAUCAAACGGUACCACAUGAAAGUACUGCUUAGAAGCUUUCUUUUCAGUGGUUGCACGCUUAGGUUUAUACAUACGUACAAGGUUGAUUCAAAUAUUUAAAUACAACGUAAAAUUGGCGCUUGUUUAUUUUUCAUUUUCCAGCAUUAUCGUGGGCUGUUCUUCAAUCAAGAAGAGAAGAGAUUGAUCAAGAUGAAAUACCAAACAAAUACAAGUGAGCCUCCUCUUCCCCCCCCCCCCUCUUUGCGCUUCUUUUGCUUAAACAUACGUUAGUGUAACCUUUGAUUUUGUAAAACUUUGGGGCCUAGACUUUUGCGCGCUGAACUCCAGAUCAGGGGGUCUGGGUUCAAGCUCUGGCCAGGUUAUUGAGGUGUGUUCUGAGGCAAGGUUCUUUAAUGUCACAGUGUUUCUCUCCACCCAGGAGUAUAAAUGGGGACCAACAGAUAACAUUGGGAGGUAACCUGAGAGAGAUAGACUAACUUUCCAUUCAGCGGUAGUAACAAUAAUUUUUUUGCUUUAUGCUUCCGAAACCGGGAUUAGGUUCAAUAGUUUGGGCCGCAUAGCUCGUGUACAGGUUUUUACCUUUCACGUUUCAACACCGCAUUUGAUAUCCUGUAAAUUGAGAAUUUAUAAAGUUAAAUUUUUUGUCUCUUUUUUUCCUUUUUUUUUAAUUUUUAUUUUCAGCUCCACGCAGGAAUUGCUUCGUAUGUUUGAACUCACUUCGGUAGGUAACCUCCAUCAUUUUUGUAGCAUUUAGCAGUUUUAGAUAAUCUUUGCUCAAAUCUCCUCGUUCGAAGUGAAAGACAAAUUUGAAAAUAUACUGAUCUACUCUUUUUCUGUCUACAGAUGGAUGCACUCUUAACUCUAAGGAUAAUGUAUGAUCUAAACGUAAGUAUUUUCUACACUUUUUUGUUACACUUCGUAAAAACGUUGUUCCCUUCAGUGUUGCAAGGUUAAUUUUACGUAGGUUUGUAAUUCUAAUUUUUUAAAAUUUUUUCAAGGUUUUGCCCCUGGCUUUGCAGAUAACAAACAUUGCUGGAAAUGUUAUGGUUAGUAUGUUCAGCAAUCUUUGCUUCGAAAAAUGAUCUUUUAGAUUUCGCGUUUGAAUGAUUCAAAUGUCAUUCUUUGGAAAAUCACUGCAUUUCUCUCAUCACCAGAUCAUCUUCAAUCAAAUUUCUGGGCUUUUCACGUAUUUUUUAAUGGAAAUUACCAAAAAAGUUAACUAAGAUAUUAUUGUGUGAUGCUUCUACAGAUUAGUUUACGGAAGGUUUUUGCAUUUGUAAAUUGUUUCGUUCGUGAAACCAUGUGUAACGGAGAGAGACCAGUAUGCCUCUGUAGCGCGCGCAACUUGAAAUCGAGGCUUGCCUCACUAGAAACGUUAUUAUGACGUUUUUUGACUGUUUUUUUAGAUUUCGUUGCGGCGUUUUCCAACCACCUCAUGCGCAAAGAAGCCUGAGCUAAGAUUUUGGCGCUCAACUUUCAUUUCUUUUGUGUUUAAACGCCUCAAUUGACGUAUGGUAUUUCUAAAAACAGAUGCUAAAUCUUUUGUUUUUCAUUUUUCAGACUCGAACACUUCUUGGUGGCCGAUCAGAGAGAAAUGAAUUUCUUUUGCUUCACGCCUUCAACGAAAAGUAAGACUUGUGAAUUCUUUUUGUCGUUGCUUCCCGCAAAAUGGGAAAAGGGUAGGGGGGGGGAGGGAGAGUUCGUCUUAACCAAGAUUUCACCCGUCAGUUUUUUUUCCUUUUUUCCUGGGCCUUGUAUACAAACAUCAUAUUGGCUGUUUUUCAGCUGCGCGUAGGCUGGAAAACUCAACGCGUCAGUAGUUAUUUCUAAAUAACUGUUUCGCUGCUUUGGCGGGCAAGUGAAACUCUUUGUUGGUUAUCAACCAUAAAUUGAUCAAGGCAAGAAAACCGUUGCUAAUUUUAAUGUAGGUGUUAGCUUCCGCAAGAGCAAAGUAAGCGCGAAGAGCUAUAGUUUGAACUAUCAGCUUUCCAGGAAAAAAUAGCAGACAAUUUCUUGUUUCUUUUUACACCCUUCAACUUACGUUUUACACCUGCUUUGUCCUUCUUUGAACAGAAAUAUAUUUCUCUCUAUUACCAAAUUUUGAUUAUUUUUAACAGUGACUAUAAUAUUUUAUUUUAUUCAGGAAUUUUAUCUGUCCAGAUAAAAGUUAUGGCAAGAAACAAGUGGUAUAAAUAUUUUUGUUCUAACUUGCUUGCUCGAGGUUUCUCUUUUCUUCUCUCGAUAUUUCUUUCCUUCAGCUAUUUUUCCUCAAUUUAUCACAAUACAUUUGAGUUUACUCCUUAAAUUACACUUGUUGAUAGCGUGGUGUGUUUUGAACAAUUGUUUUUAAAGCAAUUUUCAAUUGAAGUCGAAAGUAACCUGGUAUUGCAUUGGUUUUGCUUUACUUUGCUCUGUGAUUGGUCCUCACGCUAAUCUCUCAACCAAUCACGUGUAAAACUUGAACCAAUCACGAUUUGAUCGCGUGCGUUUUCCCCCGCUUUCGGUAGUUUUUCGGUUUUACUUUGAGGUCUCAUUGGCUCUACUGGGUAAUUUCCUUUUCUUCUGAUUCGGCUUUAUAAUUGAUUGGUUUUGUUUUUACGGCGCUCAAUCGAAAAGCACUCUUAAGAGACUAGGUUUCUCUGGAACUCGCUGGGAGGAACUUUUUUUUCCCUGUCUCGUGUUUCUGUCAAAGGUUUAACUUCUUAAAAGUUUCUUGUUAUCCUCGUUCUCAGGUCGAGGCAGACCACGAUGAAGACGAACAACCUUCGACUUCCAAGGGACGAAGAAAACCAGCGUAUGCUGGGGGACUGGUGUUGGAGCCUAAGAAAGGUGUCUAAUCUUUUUUUUACUCUGCGCUGUGUUUGGUCUAGGAUGCAAAACCAAACCGAUGGCGCCGUAGUCACUCAGGUUUUCCCGCGCUUCGGGCCGUUUGCUCGUUUUUACCUCUAGUUCUCAUUGGCUAUUUUUACAGCUUUCUUCACUUUGAUUGGCUGUUGUGAUAACUAUAGUUUUGAUUAUACGGCACUUUACGAAACAUACUUUAUUUCGACUUUUCUCUUAGGUUUCUACGACAAACAUAUCUUGCUGCUGGAUUUCAACAGUUUAUACCCGUCCAUUAUACAGGAAUACAACAUUUGCUUUACUACAAUCAACAGAACAAGCUCCAAAUCUAAGGGGGUGAGUUGCAUUUAAUAUAAUCGCGUCAUCUUCAUUUAUAGAAUUAUGCCUACAAAAUGAAGCUCACUAACAAGGAAGAGGAUAAUCUUUUUGAAUUUUUGCUCAAUCAAGUGUUUCGUUGAACUCUCUAUCUUUCAGUCAAUUAUUUUUCUUGUUAUUUUUCAGAAUUACCUUAAUCCGGACCAUAGCACUUUACUUACAAUUAAAUUUAUGUUAAAGAUGUUCCUCAUUCUUAUUUUAUCAGCUAGCCGAGGAAGAAGAAAUGGUUGAGUUACCUGAUCCUGAAUUAGAACCUGGCAUUCUACCAACGGAGAUCAGGAAAUUGGUGGAACGAAGAAAACAGGUUUGUUCCUGUCUUAGGCUGGUUGGUGACGACUGUAAGAGCAUGCGCAUACCACGUUUUACACAAAGUAUUUUAAUUGCUUACAAAAAGUAUUCACUUUUCUUACUAGGUGAAGGGAAUGAUGAAAAACUGCGCUCGUGAUUCAGAUCAGUACCUGCAGGUCAGUAAUGUAUAUUAGGAAAAAUUUUCGAAUGUAAUCCAAGGUUCGCAUCGAUGACGCGUUACUUCUUUCCUUUUCUGAAAUUCUCUGUGAUUGGCCCAUAAUCCCUCAAGGAAAUGUACUUUAAUUCAGCCGCUUCGCCCGGCAGUUGGGCCCUUAUCGCAUCACGGACAAAAACCUUUAGAAUUUCAACCAUUUUUUUUUAAUACCCUUUUUAAGCCCAUGAUGUGAGGAUUUCAAACGAUGUAAAGAGAUGUAUUUUUUAAAAAUUAUUCAUUGUUGUAUGUUUUUUCUUUUCAGUAUGAUAUAAGACAAAAGGCCUUAAAGCUUACUGCAAACAGGUAGGUUUAUCAUACUUGUCUUCCGUAGUCGCUUCACUUAGGGAAACACAGCAGACAAAAACGAUAGGCAUGCGCAAGUGAAUCAAUUUUAUCCAGCAGUGCGUCAAUUUCCCGCCCAAAAUUUCAUAAGAAAACAUAAGAGACAACCACUUCCACGCCAAAGAUACAAAACGAUGGAAUUGUUCGUAGAAAUCUGCAGAAUGAAGCAAAUGUAGGAUAAAGGAUAACUAGGUACUUUACGAACACAAAGUUUAUUUAAUUACGGGUAUUCUGUCAGUUGAUUUCCAUUUUGUUUUGAGCUUAGAAAAAAAAGUUAUUCGCUUUUAAUUAAGAAAGCUUUACUAGUUUGGUAAUGUUAUUUAGCCUGAGAUUUUGUUUUGAGCUUAGAAAAAAAAGUUAUUCGCUUUUAAUUAAGAAAGCUUUACUAGUUUGGUAAUGUUAUUUAGCCUGAGAUGACUUUGUCGGGCCGCCUAUGAAAACACUUCGGGAAGAAAUAUGGCAAGCUCUUUAGUCACAUUACAGUCACGCAUUGCUUUCACAUCUGGAGUUGUGUAGGCUUGUUCAGAGCAACUCGGCACUAAUUUGGGGCUUGUUGGUUUUCUUUCUAUUGUAGCAUGUAUGGCUGCUUAGGAUUCUCCCAUUCAAGAUUUUAUGCCAAGCCACUGGCUGCCCUGGUUACGAGCAAAGGCCGAGAGGUAUGUACUAUGAUACUAUGACAGCGUGACAGUGCGAUAGCAUGACGGCAUGACGGCAGCGUGACGACAAGAUGAUUAUGACAACACGGCGCUAAAGCGUCACAGCGUGACAACAUGAUAGCGUCACAGCGCGAUAACAUGGCAGCUUGUCAAUGCGAUAACAUGGCAGUUUUCCACCUGUUUCGAUUUUAAACAUUCCGUUUCCCGGAAAUAUUUCUGGAAGACCUCAUCGAAACCUUAUCGCCAGUUUUCCAAAGCUAUAGCAUUUAGUGGUGGUAAUCUUUUCGGCUGCAAACCACAAGCGUAGGAGUGUUUUUGACUGAGACUUCUUAUCUCUCUAAAGUUACUCUCUUUCUCGUCAUGGAAAGAAAUAUCUGGUCGCAUUUCCGACACCAGGCGGUACACUUCAGAUUUAACCAACUGUUAAAGAAUUCACAGCAUUUGCCGAACCAUAACGCUGCGUCCAAAUCUCCAGAUGGAAAAAUCACACUCAGUGGAAUUGCAUGCAAAUAAAUUGGUUUUAUUUUCACGUCUUUUUUUUGUAGAAUAUUAAAAGGGAAUGAUAAAGACAAUGAUGUGCAUUCGAGAUAGCCAUAAUUCAGCAAAAAAAAAUUGGAAAAGCCUUUGACUGCAGUUUUAUUUCCCAAUAAACCCACAAUGACAAAUUUUGGCUUCAAUUUGUUUUGUUUGUCAAAAGAAAACCCAUGAGAUGCUUAUCGUUAUUUAUUUAUGAGGUUCGUAUGGCCAUUUCUGUGGAAAUCGCAACAGAUGUUUUAAGUUCAUCAACUAAACGCUGUGGUUGACAAUUAAAUUCCAAAAAAUAAUUUUUACUCGCUACGGGUGAAUUUCGGAAUUACUUUGCGCCUCUGCUAGACAGACGUUUAUAAGACAAAACGAAUUCGAAAUUGCUUCAACUCUAAACUUGCUAAUUUUGAGAUGACUUUUAUUAGUUAGGCACUUGACACUGAAGUAACGACAUGUUUUGUAGUUUUUAUUGAAAGUUCCUGGUGACAUUCAGGAUACUUUUUAAUUACAAUAAUUUUUAAGUCUGUCAGUGAAUUUGAUGAAUUGGUCGUUCGUCAAUAAAGUAAAUUUUUUAUCGUAGACAUUUACCUAUCAUGCAGUUUCUUGCAAAUAUUGAUGCUCCGUCGCUGUUAUUAAUGUUUAAUUCAUCGUCGUAAUCUCUCUAUUUCUAUCAGGACCCGUUCGGACUAAUUGUUAGGUUUAGUAGAACUAUGGAACACUUGAAAAGUUUAACAAGUUGUUUGAAUAAACUUUUUUACCGUAUUAAAAUUACGUUCUUUAUCAAUAUAUGACAAGUUUUAUGACCAUUUCAAGUUUCUACAAGAGAACUUGCCUCGUUGUAGCCGAAUUUCUAAAUAAAAUCCGACUCGCCAAAAAUUUGAAUAAACUCGUCGAAAUCCACUCUCUCGUCUCCCUUCGUGUCGGCCAUUUUGAUCAUUAGAUCUAUGUCAGACUCGGUAUGAUCAAUGUUGAGCCUGCGUAAAACUCUUUUUAUUCCUUGUGCUUCGAUGUAGCCUUUCUUCUCCACGUCAAAUUCUUGAAAUACUCUUUUUAAACGCCGCUCACGCUUUGUCUCGCGGAAAAUCUGUUUGGAGAGUCGCUGGAAGCUGUCAUAAGAAACCGUCGUGUUUGGUCGGUUAUUUAUACCUGUAGAAUGAGUCAGAUAUCGUCUUGAAAUGGAGAGUAGACAACAAACUAUCCUAGAGUCGUUCACACACUGGCACUAAUAUUCACAGCGUUUCUUUUUACAUAAAGUUUCAUGAAACCUGACACCAAUUUCCAAAUUAUUCAUCUAUUUCUCUAAGGACACACGCUUUUUUUUCGUUCCUGUGUUUCCACUUCUCGUCUAAAAAUGAAAUAUUUCUAGAAGAAAACCUGAAAAAAAAAUGUAAUUUCCAAAGAAAUACUGUCAUAUUUAUUCAUCGUCAUUUUCUUAGUCUACGGGGCUUCCUAUGAGUCGUUCAGACCGUGCAGUACGGUAAUUUUGGCUAUUGUUUUUAUAAGAUUUGCAAUGGACGCUGCAAGUUAAUAUCAUGAGUCUCAACUUUGAGAAUUUUGCAGUCGCGUAUUAAUUUGAAUAUGAAUAUUUAAUUUACCUGUGAUUCGAAGAUGUUCUUUCAGUUCUUCAUCGCCUAUUUCUUCGCCCAAGUCCUUGAAGACGUUAACAAGGUCUUUCACACUUAUAAAUCCGUCCGAAUCUUUGUCGUAAUUGCGAAAGAUAACCCUCAUAUUAACUUGUUUUUGAUGGGGAAUGCCCGCCAUUUUGAAAUUCCCAAACUGGAUCGCAAGCCAAGGAAUUUUCGUGGAAGCGAUGACUCGUCGUCGCUCAUAUAACCAAAGAUUUCUUCUUCCACGAGGCUAGUUUAGCUCGCAAAGCAAUACACUUUCAACGAGCUGGACAUUGUGUUGACGACCUAUACUAUUGUUAGGAAGACAAAGACUGGCUUCGAUCAACUUAUUUACAUGUAGUCUUAUAAAAGAAGAUAAUUACUCCCCGCUCUAAGGAGGGCUAACUGCGAUGAUUUCGUCUUUGAUCAUUAAGUUCCUUUUGUUAAAGAGCUCAUAAAAAUUAAAUCAAGGCUUUGAGCUAGAAAGAGUUUGUGGUAAAACAAAAGAUAAUUAGACGAAACAGAGUCACGUAGACUGACAUCAGAUAUCCCAUAAUUCGCGCAAAUUGCACUAACUUUGCUCAAAUGUGUCUGCAAAAUAAAUUACAUUUCUAUCAACUCCAACCAUGAUAUUUUCUUUGUGUACAAAAUUUCCGCCUUUUAUUUCCUUUGAUAGUGAUGGCUUUAUUUUUUGUCUAAACCUCAUAACCAUCGUUUAUCUCCUUAUUCGCCUUUUAAACCUGAAAAUCCACCCACUUCAUAAUUCUAUAAUGUGAUAUGGUCGGUCAUGUGUGGAAAAACCAGUCAAUUUGAAAAAAAAAAAAAAAAGCAUCAAGAUAAAGUUUCUUAGCCCAUGAAAGUAUUUGGCUCCGGUUGUCUGAGUUAAGACCUAUAUUUUAAAAAUGCGAAAAAUCAGAAAUGUUUUUCCGUUUAGUGGAGACCCGAAUUUUUUAGCUCUUGAAACGCUUACAAAUGCAACUUCAAAUUUUGGUAUGUUUUGUCGACUUAAUAAUUAUAGUUGUCAGACACUUCAAACCACGUUUUCCAUAUAAGGUGUUUUCUUGUAGUGACAGCAAUUUUAAUGAAAGAUUGAGGCGCAAAUUGUUCUGAAAACUGUUCCAAACCCGUCACAGGCCAACGACAGGUAAAGUGAUAAAAACGAUAAAAAAAACUGACUUUUAGGUAUUAAUAAGCAGUUUAAAAGCUGGUCUGUUCUCUUUAUGAGCCAAUUUUAAGUGAGAUGUCUCUUUUUUGUCCAAAUUUCAACAUUUAGGCUGAUGUGUGAAAAUUAGAAGGAAAAUUGAAAGUUGGUUAACCAAAAAACAGCUUGUUGUCUUUGUUGAUAAGCCAGCGGGCUUUUGAUCGUUUGGUGAAGAAAACUCCGCACCGUGCUCGCUAAAACUUCCGAAUUCUCACUGGCUCCUAGCGGUCUUGAUGAGUGAGACCUUGUCUGUAUUUAGUUGACGUAUAAGUCUUUUCAACAGCUGUUUAUUUGACGGCGCAACACGCGGAAGUUUUUGCCUUUUAGCACUGGCUGAACAGAAAGUUAGAUUAAAAUAAUUUAAAAAAAAAAACGUUUCAACAUUUAGGGCCUAAAAUAACAAAACAAAAAACUCUUUUUGUCAUCCCGUACAUAAAAAUGAAAUUCGCGCUUGUGCCAGCUUUUUAAAGCAAUUAUCAGUUUGUUGUCAAAAGUAUUCGGGAUUGCUCAGUUUUGGGUUGCUUCGCUCUGUGAUUGGUUGAUAAAACUCGCGCCAUUCUCGGAAUCAAUCAGAUUCAAAACUAAACCAAUCACGAAUUGGUCAUCUUGGUCGUUUCUUGAGUUCUCUUAGUUCUCAUUGGCUCCUUGUGAUAUUUCCUUUCAUCUGAUUGGCUGUUGUGAAUACUUUAGUUUGGCUUUACGACACUCAAUAAAAAAGCGCACCAGGUUCUUUCGCUGCCAUUUAAUGGGAUCGUUGCGUGUUAUCCUAAAGAAUGGCUGCAAAGGAGACCACUCCUAUGUUACUGAUCUUUAACUUUUCUAGUUUUUCUUUUGGAAGAGAUUUUAGUGUCUUACUUCAACUUUUUCCGAGUUUUGCACCUUACACACGACGUUAAAUUUAAAAAUUUGGGGCGAGUUCCAUGCAAGAUGUCAAAGAUGAUUGUUUUUGUCAGUAUCCCCACUCGCUUUCUUGGCAAUCUACUACAUUUCUUGGGAGAAAUUGUCUCUGAUCACACGAAACUAAGAACCCUUCAUUCAGACAUUCAUCAUCGUCAUAAAAUCGUCGUAGCCCACGAGCCCAUCACCAUCGGCGUCAGCGGCUUUUACCAUAGCCUCGAUUUCGUAAUCUUUAAAGUCCUGACCGAGGAGCUUGAAGACUCGGUCGAGUUCUGCGACUCCAAUAAAACCGCUGCCAUCUCGGUCGAAAACCUUGAAGGACUCGCGUAGAAUGUCUUCAGGAUCGCAAUCAUCUAGGUUUUUCGACAUAAGCGCGAGGAAUUCGGGGAAGUCGAUAGCACCAUUUCCGUCUGCAUCUAAAUAACAGAGAGAAACUGAACUUACUUUUGGUCACCAAGUGAUUGGCUUUUUGUAUAGCCAAAUAUUUCUUCCCAGCCUCCUCGUCAACCUUUCUGCCAGGCAAAUUCUUCCCCCCCCCCCACUACCCCUGGGUAAUUCUAUUCUCACCUAUUUGGUUCAUCAUAUCCAUGAGUUCCGCCUCUGUUAUGUUGUACCCAAGGGAAGUUACCAAUUUCUUCAGCUCUGUUGCUGUGAUACAACCAUCACCAUUGGUGUCAAACACAUGAAAAGCUUCUUUGACUUCACGAAUUUGAUCAGGAGUCAGUUUUGAGGAUUUCAAGGCCUCCUCUUCCUUUUUAGAUACAUUUUUGACAUCAUUAUUGUUUUUUUUAGCUGACAAAUGUUUGUCUUUGUCCAGAGGUUUGUUUAAGUCCGGGUUAUCUUCGUCAUCGGCGAAGAUGUAUUCGUCGUCGGAAAUCGAAUACCGAUCACUUCCCGAUUCGUCCUCGCUCAAAGCCGAAGUCGAAGAUUUAGUAGGUUUAAGCGACAGAAAUCGUCUCAACAACUCGCCGUUCUCUGUGCUACUGCUUGGACUUUUUUCCUCGCUCGUCUUUGCGUCAACUGAAAGUGCAGCAUUCUCUUAAAAAAAACAAAAUUAAGAGAUCUAAUAAACGUUUAUGUACUUUUUGUGGCUUCUCACCUUAGAACUGAAGCGCGCAUUGUGAAAUCUAGUUUAAUCUUUUACUGUUAGAUAGUGUUGAAAUCUUGUCUUAAUAAUACAAAUUGUACCAAAACCAAAUAUCUUCGCACUUGGAACAAACGAAGUUUCCAUCUCCAUUGAGUACAUAGUAACAAACUUCACAACUGAACGAUAGUAUAGCAAUUAAUUGUGUUAGGUUUAGAGAAAUGAUAUCACUAAAUACCUUGCGCUGCAAAUGGUCUGAAAAUUUUUAUUUAUGUGAAAUACACUGUCAGUUCUCAAUUAUUUGAUUGACUGAAAGAGACAAGAAACGCCAAUACGUCUCGCGUUUAACGAGCUUAAAAGUUUGUUUCUAAAUACAUAGAUCUUGAAAUUUGUCCAACCGUAACUAAUGGUCAGUGUUCAGAGUUUAGCUAUUACAUAGCACGUUUGGUUCUCUAUUUAAUUGUUUUGUUUUCUUUCGCGUUUGUCAUCGGCUUGAGGAUUUAGAAAUUCCACUGUUGAUACCCAAUAGUAAUUAAAAAAAGAACUAAAACUUCCUUAAAAGAUAAGGGCUUUCUGUUCAUAAAGCGUGAAGUUAACUUGACUAACUCCCAAUGAGGAUUUGAAAUGAUACAUUUAGGACACAAUAAAUAUCCCUCCCCGCAUAGAAACAAAACAGUACAGCUUGGCAAUCUUUUGAUGUUAGCGUAACUAGGUUUUAGCAUGGGAAAAUCGUACCCUCUGGGCAGAUUUAAAUUGUUUCCAAGAUUCGUUAUUCUUUGUUCAUGGCGAAUUAAGCUCGUGUUUGUUUAUUUUAAACGUAUGUUGUGAUCUAAAGUGGCUUACCGGCACUUUCCACUCCUCUCGCUGAGUUCUUCUCGACUUCUGGUUCUUCCGCGAUCGAGGUAUAACGGCGACGUAACAUUAUAGCUUGGAAGUGUUAAAAAAACCGAAAUCUUUCUCUUUCCGCAAACUAUCCAGUUGACUUCUGCUCGUUCUCAAGUAUUUUGUUUAUCUCUUUGUCAUCUUUGCAUGUCUUUGCUGCCUGGUUUCAAAGGUGCGGUGUACGCUAAAUAAUCCUGGUUCUCGAUUUCUUUCGUUCACGUUUAGUUACUGAAAUUUAGUAAUUUGCGUGUGUCGCGUUAAUAUUUAAUCCCCGUGUCAUUAACCGUCAAAGUGCCGCCAAUAUAUGCGUGUACGGCGCAAUUACAGUGUAAUUAUCAGUGAAAAGACUUUCCUAAAUUCCACUAUUGUCACGUUUGACUUUCGCUGCAUAUUGCUUUGAUUCGAUUACGCUAAAAAGGUUGAAAACAUCCUAAUAUCGAAGUGUUCAAGCAUCUUGCUGUUGCAUUAAUGGAUCAUCUUUUAGUAAUCAGUGAAUUUAGAAUAUUUCAUGGUUUAAUCGAUCUUAGAUGUUUCAUGGUCUUUUCAGAUGCAAAUUUAAAAGGGGCAGUCGGUCUUUGUUUUCAAUUAUCGCACAAUCUUAGAUCUUGGCAUGAUCUCUCAAAGUAAAGGUGGUAUGAAGUUUAAUCCAGUCAUAACGUCUGGCUUUUUAUUUUGUUCUUUUGUUCUUUUUUUUUUGUUGCUUUGUUUAAGUUGCUAGGCAUGUAAUUACAUGAAUGAAGGGGUAACUGUGGUGCUGCGUCGGUGGGGGAGUUUAACAGGGUAAUUUAGUGUUAUCAACUGGGUUGAUAACGUAAAUUGGCCACCGUAGAUAGUUUAAAGGCUGACGUUUCGAUCGUUAGCUUUUCGUCAAUCGCUCUGACGAAGGGCUAACGCUCGAAACGUCAGACCAUGUAAUUACCAUGUAAUUACAUGGUCUGGUUCAACAUCUAAACUCUUUUGCGUGAUAUGUCUGCGGAAAGGCGGGAAGCAGCUUUUUUAAGAACGCGAAAAUUGAAACCCGACAACACGUUAUCGAACCUUCACCGAGAAUUUCACCGAGUGGUUUUCGAUUUUGGUCAUCCAAUCAGAUCGGAGGAAACAGCUCGAGAAGUCGUCGGGUCGACGACAGUUUUGUGCGAUCGAAGUGUGAAAUAUGCACUUCGCUGACCCAAAUCGGAACUCGCAAGCUCGUUGGAUGUCAGGGAAAGUCUUUCCUAUUUCCUCUUACUCCUUUAAUCAAGAUAUCAAUUCUCUGCGCUGUUUUCCAUGCAUCUCUUAUAAUUUUAGUUAUGAGAAAUUAAUGCUCAAUCAAACAAUAUCCGCUAGUCAAUAUUUAUCCUUCUCGCCACCUGUUUUGCUUGAAAAUUAAAAGGGUUAAGGAUUAAUCUUCAGUUUUUGUUAAAUUUUCAUUUCUUUCGUUCCUAUUUCAGAUUUUGCUUAAAACAAAGGACCUGGUUCAAAAUGUAAGUAAUCUUGGUGUAGAAACGUGUUGUGUGUUUCUUGCGACAGCAAUUCAAACCUUAUUUUGAGCUGUUAUUGUUGUAUGUUUGUUAGAAAGUGAUAUGAGUGAUUUCACGAUGAGUAAACGCGCCUGCUGCUGGUAAAGUGAAGGAAAAUUGUUCCUAUAGAAAAUCGAGAAAGAGCAGAGCAAUUCAUUAUCGGUAAAAAAUUCGUGGUUGUAAGCCACCAACGCACUCAUGUAAGCAAAUAAGAUCCAAAAUUUCGCACAUUAACAUGCGAAUGAUGCGAAUAUGAUAAAAGCGAUUUUGCAAUGAACUUAAGAGGCUGCUGGAAAAGAUCUACGUGUUACUCUAUUGUAAGAAACUUCGUAUGUUUAGAGUGUCACAGACACUUAGAAGAGGAGAAAAUUUAAUAUUUACCUUUUUUUUUUAAUUCUGUCAGUUGGGUCUUGAUGUGAUUUACGGAGACACAGACUCUAUCAUGAUCAACACAAAUACCACAGACCUGGUAGAAGUACGCAAGAUCGGAAACAAGGUAUGCAAUUAACAUGUAACUCUCUUUGCCAUACCAACCAUUAUCUUGUAAACAGUUAAUGAGAACUUACACACUUAACAACUCGCGAAGGGGAAUGAGUUACGUGGUUUUUAGGGAUUUUACCAAGGAAGAAGUCGACACAGUCCUUUUUACAGUCGGAAUCAGUUUGUUUUGAAAACUUUAAUCAACUGAUGCCGGUUUUAUUGGUUAACUUUCGUUUUCCUUUAAGGUAAAAAAUGAGGUCAACAAGCUUUAUCGGUUAUUGGAGAUCGACAUUGAUGGUAUAUUUAAGUCCAUGCUGUUACUGAAGAAGAAAAAGUGAGUAGUCUGUCUUUACAUCAGUUUGUCUGUCCUUCUGUCUGUCUGUUCGUCUGUCUAUACAUCAGUCAGUCUGUCCGUCUGUCUGCCCGUUCGUCUGUCCGUUCGUUCCUCAAUUUGAACUUUCGUCUGCCUGUCCAUCUUUCUGUCUGUCCGUCUGUCUACCCGCCCGUUCGUCUGUCAGUCUGUCUGUCCCGCGUUCGUUCCUCAAUUUGAACUUUCGUUUUUUCCCUACAUCAGUUUGUCUAUUCGUCUGUUCGUUUGUCCCUCUAUUUGUACGUCCGUCUGUCCGUCUAUCUGUCUGUCUGUCUCUGCCUGGGACGUGCCACUGAAGUGUAGAAUGAUGUAUCCAAGUGUGUAAGUGCAUUAUUUUAUGCUCUAAUUCCUUUAUUCUUUCUCUCAAGGUACGCUGCAAUCAGUAUUUCAGAGAAUGAGGAUGGUAAGACGGUUUUCAAUGAUAAGAUUUUAUUUAGAUCCCAGACGUCAAAAAACAAACAAGACGACAAAAAAAUGUGUUUGGUGCGGAUGGUCAAGCGUUCGACUUAAAAUUGGUAAUUUUGGACGCGCCUUGACACCCUGUUUAAAUAAUUCAUCCCAAUGAUAUUUGAAAAAGGUCAUCUCACAAGUCUGUGUGAUCUCUAAGAGAGUUUUUCAAUGAAUAAUGUCAUCAAAAAUCUCGUAAGAUAUAAAGAGUCUCAAAAGAGUGGGCCAACGAAUUGUGGCGAUACCAAUAUCACAUGAAAUUUCCACUCAAACGACACGACAUCGCCAAAUUUAACUUUCAGGAACAUUGAAUGAAAUCAAGGAGAUGAAAGGUUUGGACAUUGUACGGAGGGACUGGUGCGAUCUCGCGAAGGAUUCUGGGAAGUAAGUGACUCCAUGGUCGGCAAAUUAAUAAGCUAACAAUGAGAUGAUAGAAUGAUAACUGUAACGAAAUGUUUCGUUGUGAUUUGUUUAUAGCUACGUUCUGGCUCAGAUCUUGUCAUCACAACCCCGUGAAACGAUUGUGGAGAAUAUUCACGACUAUCUUAUAUCAGGUACUGUAUGGCCGCUGGUCAAGAAAACUCAUUGAAUGUUCAGGUCAAGAAUGUAAGUAAUUUGACUAUAUUUUACUAUUGUUGUAAAGCUGUUGCCUUGAGGUAUUUUUUUCUUCCUUUCUUCAGUUGGAGAGAAUGUUGCCGAAGGCAAAGUGGACAUUCAGAAGUAUAUCAUAAACAAGGUUUGAAACUUGUUUGUUUAACAGUUUCUCUUCAGACACUAAAUAUCAACGGGUAAGGAGGUAGAGGAAUGAGUUAAUCAGAACCUGAUGUGUAAACAAUAGGGACCUUACGAUCCGACAACGGCGACGGCGAAGGCAACGUGAGAAGUCUGGGUCGAGCGGGGCCACGUCGUGUUGGCGUUCCCGCCAAAUUUGAGAUUACGAAUUUUACGAGCGAGAACGUUGACGACGGUCAUUGAUGUUUAUCGUGUUUAAGUCAACGAAAGUUUUUUAGAAAGCCAUGCCAAAGUUCCGUGACACUAUUCUCCUGGCUCAUGCUUCCCGUUUGAUUAACGCUGAGCCAGUGAGUUCCUUGUAAAAUAAGGUUAAUCUACGAUUAUAAAUGAAAAUUAGCUCAAUGAAAGUAUUUAUACACUUUGCAUCGGUCGAAUCUGGUACCGCUGCCGACAAAAUCUCUCUACUAUUUCCUAGUAAACCCAAAAUAAAAUUAAGCUUAAUUGUUCUCUUUUUUUGAUCGAGAAAAAAGUUGGAAAGUAAGUGAUAAGAAAGCUCAGUGAUAGCGAGCGAAGUACAAUCACAAACAAAUACAAAGCAAAAUAAGUCAAAUCUCUCUCCAUUCAGUUUGUGGUCAUAUACAAAAGACUCCUUUAGUCGCAAAUUUACUAAAUUUAGUAAAUUUAGUCGCAAAGUCUCGUUUUUACCUUGAUUCAUUUGCCAUAGUUGGGUUUUAAUUUCCACGUUUUCGCACAACGUCAAACAAGGCUUCUAGACGUCCGCGCGUGAAGGGACACCGCCGUCUCAGAAAUCUACUCAUGCGCAGUACGUAACCGGAAGUAAAAAAGUCCCACGUCGCCGUCGCCGUUGUCUGAUCGUAAGGUCCCUAAUGUUAAGUGGGGGAACAGUGCUUACCGUGAGGGCGGGAAAAUAUGGAAUCCGCGUCAUGCGCCCGCGAAAAUAGAAACGGUGAAAUGGCGGGAAACACGCGAGCAAUUUCAGUCGCAUGAAACUUAUCCCCAUCCACAUCGAGGAAAACGGUCUGUAAUCACCGAAAAACAAAUGUUUCCAAUAAUCAUUUGUAGAGUCCUUCACUUUGAACUUAUCAAUAUUUCUUUUUACAGCAAUUGACCAAAUCUCCCCAUGACUACCCUGACAAGAAGUCACUCGCUCAUGUCAAUGUGGCCUUGCGGAUGCUUAGUAAGGGAAGGAAGGUCAACGCUGGCGAUACCAUACCCUAUGUCAUUUGUGAAGUAAGUAAAUCAAUUAUUUCUCAUCAGCUUGGGAGAACAGACUCCCACCAAGAUUUUUGUUACAGGAGCGCUUUUUCUUAAUGUGUCAUAAGGGCAAAGCCAAAGUAAAGGUCCAAGCCAAUCAGAGAAAAGCUGAACAUCAUAGAGAACCAAUCAGGACUUGGAGUAAACCUGUGCAACUGACCGUAAGCGCGGGAAAAUGCCGAUUAGCAUCUGAUUGGUUGAGAGGGUGAUGCGAGUUUUCUAAACCAAUUGCAAAGCUAAGCGAAACAAAACCGAUCCGACUGUGGUUUACCUUCGAUAUUCAAUUGAACUUGUCUUUUUUAGUACAUGGGUAUUUGAGAGUUCUUUUUAUUUGUUUUAUUUACAAAUUUUUCGUUUUUUCAUAGGAUGGCUCGUCGCUGGCUGCCACUCAACGUGCCUACCAUCCUGAUGAAUUCUGCAAGUCUGAUACACUGAAAAUCGGUAUCCUUUGAAAUACAAACAUCGUAGAAGUGACAAAAUUUUAUUACUGAACAUUUGUUGGUAAUUUUUUUCAUGAUAUCAAAUAUUCAUUUUAGACCAUCAGAACCACAGUUCACUAAAAUUCACUGAUUGCAAAAGGCGUUGUGGGAUGUGGGACAGUUUGUGUCACUCUUUUUCAGUCACCUGUUUCAUCUCUUCUUCUUUGCAAGCCGUUUUCAACUGAACGUGUGUCGUUCGCCACCAUCAUGGGAUUUAGUCAUCUGAUCUUUUUCAUGGGCCCUUUUCUUUUAACAACUUUAAACUGCAGACGUGAAGUAUUAUCUGGCAAAUCAGGUUCACCCUGUUGUGUCUCGUUUGUGUGAUCCUAUCGACGGCACGGACGCCGCUCACAUCGCACAGUGUCUAGGUAUGUCGGUAAUCGGUUCAAAGUAGUAUAAUUAUCACUGAUACUAUAUCCUAAGAUCGUUCCCAGGGUCCUCUUUCUCCCUCCCUCGAGGAAGUAUGAAAAAAUAACUUGGGAACUAAGUUUACUAGGUCGAACACUCGCUUAACGUGACGUUUCUCGCGGUAUUGUUUUGGUCCAUAUUUGAACCGUUGCUUCGGAAAUAUGUGGCACACGAAUAGCGUUUAUUUUCCUAUUGGCUUGGAAAUGCAGUCGGGAAAGUGUAUAUGACACUUUUUUUUCUAAUUUCUGACAGGUUUGGAUCCGUCUGGUUACCGUGGUAACACUGGGCUGCAUGAUGACGAAAAUGACGCUUUGCUUGGUGGCCAGGCCUUGAUGACAGACGAGGAGAGAUUUAAGGUACUGGAAAUCACUAAGAUUUAAGCUUACAAAAGGGGUCUUACAGGAAGAGUUUCAAAACUAAGGGCGAUAUUUUAAAAUGAAAACCCAAAAAUGUAAAACAUGGUUGGAAUAUUCGAAGGGAAAAAAUAACCACAAUUAACAUAAUUGUUCCGGUUUAUUAUAAAGAUGCGCGCGCUCUGAUUGGUCAAGUUUGAGUCACAUAUCGAUACAAUCAUCUCGCGCGAGCUGAUUAUAACUGGAGCGCAACAUUUCAAAAUGGCUGCCUUGCAUCUAGUCAAUAACUCCGUGAAAAUAAUAAACGCGAUAGAGGAAAAUUCAGUUGCGAAGGGCCCAAAAUAUGUUACUGAGCUUGGCGGAACACCUUGUAAAAGAGAUAUGUGAAGUUUUUGCUGAGUUAUCAGCUCAAUUGCAACAAAAAAAUCGCAAUCCUUUUUUUAGUGAACAGAGUUUACGACAAAACUCGAAAGCUGAUGAGUAAUUCUAUUAAAACAAUUAAUCGCCGAACGCGAGGUGAAAAUUGUUGAAUAAUACCCCUCGGCCUCCUUCUUAAAGAUUAUUCAAUAACCUUCACUUCGCCUUCGGCGAAUAGUUUUUUUUUAGUAGAAUUGCUCAUCAGCUUUCAAACUAUAGAAAUAGUUAUGACAGUAGUAGUGAUAAUCAUAAUCUUAAUAAUCAAAAGCUUUUGUUAAAGCGUAAAUAAUACUUGUGACGCGCGGCGUGUUUGCAUCCAGGACAGUUUAACGCGAAAGGAGCGUUGGAGAAACGUACAAAAAUAUAACAGAGAUCUUUGUGGCAGUUUUGGUGCUUCCUGGGUUUGGUAGGUAGUUUGGGCGCGGGUAACACUUGUUCACGCUUGUCAGAGCAAAAUUCCACAAUGUGCCAUUUAUAACCAGAAAAGAUGUGUCAACUAACUUCCAAAACACAAAGUUUGUAUUUAUAUACACCUGAAUCUCCGAAUCGUCCUCAUCUUUUACUACUUCCUCUAUGCAGGACUGUGAACGGUUUAUUGUGAAAUGCAAGCGUCCAGGCUGUGGUAAAGAAACAACUCUCGAGGUGCUGUUUAAAAAUACUGUAAGUACACACAGAUAAUCGCUAGUGAUAAAUUCGCGGGUGUCACCAGGAUUUUUCAAAAGGGGGUCACACUGUGUCAAAAAGAGGAUGCUAAACAGUUUUGGCCACCCGAAUACUGUAGGUUGUUUGCUUAAAAGAAGGGCUUGCAAAGAGGGGGGGAAAGGUGGGGGUUGUCACGGGCACCCCAGGACCUCCCUCUCGCCACGCUCUCGAAAUUUAUGGAGCUGCAACCAGUACUCUCCCCUCCACUUAUCUCUGUUUUCAUACAUCUGGCACUCAUUUAGUGUACUGCAUGUUACAACCAUUUUUUUGUUCUGACACGAUUUGAGUCGUUUCUGUUUACUUACGUCAUGCGAUGCUCUUUAUUUUACAGUCCGACCCAUUUGGCCUCAAUGAUACAUGUCCCGGAUGUAGAACCGAGUAUAGCGCGGGCGCUGUUUCAAACCAACUCACAAUUGCCAUGCGCAAACAUAUUAAGGAGUACUAUAUGGUAAGACGAAGGAUUCUUGAUUCCAAUCUAAAAAAAAGUAUUCGAGGGAGAUAUUCUUUUAUUCUCAAGUACUUCAAGGUAAAGAAAAUAACUGAACUUGCUUCACUCUUUAAACACAGUUUUAAAAUUUUUAAUGUCACAGGGAUGGCAAAAAUGCGACGACCCGUCCUGUGGUUACACCACUCGCCAGGUGCCCCUGACACUUCAGCGGGGCGCCCCCAUGUGCACGUCCUGUUUCAGGGCUCAUUUACUUCCAGCGGUAAGCGGAGUAACCGAUUUUUGUUUUUUAAUCAAACAGUUCCUUCUACUUAAUCACUGCGUGGUUCAUUUAUCGAAAGCCAUGAAUGGUACUUUAAAUUUGAAGAAAGGCUUUUACAUAAUAGCAGACACACUUAUUAGCCAGCAAUUAUAUGCAGAACUGAUGUUCAGAUCUUGUUGGUCAAUAAGUCAUCUUUAUCUUUUUUGUUUAUAUCCUGUUUAACAGUAUUCAGACACGGCGCUGUACACACAGCUCUUGUAUUACUCGCGCUUGUUCGACUAUGAGUACGCUCUCAAGAAUUCCAAGGAAGAAAUAAAGAAACGUAAGUUAAAAAACUAAACUCAUUAAGUGGCUCGCCUUGAACAGAAUUCGAAGGAGAUCGUUUAUGAACGCUUAUGGCCUUUGAGUGUGGAUAUAUGAAAACCUUUCGCUCAUUCACUCUGACGAAGGGCUAACGCUCGAAACGUCAGCUUUGAAUCUCUUUGCGGUGGCUGAUUUACGUUAUCAACCCAGUUGAUAAUACUGCAUUACCCUGUUAUAUUCUCCCACCGACGCAGCACCACAGUUUCUUUAGAAACUUACCCUUUUCAUUCAUAUGAAAAUCAUAUAUGUGAAUUGCGAGUUAAGAAAUAUUAAAGCGAUCUUCAUAGUAAUGAACACUACUGAAGCAGUAGUGAAAAUAAGGUUUAAGGAUUUGAAUCCAUGACCUCUGUGAUACCGGUGCAGUGCUCUACCAACUGAGCUAACAAGCCAGUUGAGAGCUGGUCAUUAUGUUGAUUUGUAAUAAACCCUUGAAUCGAUGACGAAUGAACUACGAAUCAAUCAUUGCUGCGAAUAUGGCUUUUAUAUAAAUUUCUUAAUCCGCGGUUCACAUAUAUGAUGUUCAUGUAAGUACAGUCAUUGAGUAAUCACUUCACGGGUUUAUUACGAACCAACAUAAAUGACCAGCUCUCAGUUGGCUUGUUAGCUCAGUUGGUAGAGUACUGCACAGGUAUCGCAGAAGUCAUGAGUUCAAAUCCCGUACAGGCCUGAUUUUUUGUCAGGCAAUAUUUUCACUACUGCUUAAGUAGUGUUCAUUACUGCGAACAUCGCUUUCAUAUUCAGUGCUUAUGAUCUUCCGACUACCUUUCUGGUCAUGGAAGCCUGGGCACGGGUUUAGGACGCCUUAUGCUCUAUUUUAAUGGUGAAGAUGGUGAAUGUCCAAGUGUUUUUUAUCUAUUUGGCUCAUCAAAACUUCCCCCAGUUAAAUCAAAUAAUCUACUGCAUAUUUGCUGUACAACAAAAUAAGACAGUGACACGAGCAAAGCUCUGCGUGUGUUAUCCAUUUGCGUUAUACCUGAGUGUUUCCUUUGCAUUGCGUGACUUGUCGCAUUUGUGACAUGUCACGUUUAUUUCGAUAAACAACUUCGCGUUUUUGGUUUGGUUGCACUAGCAAAGUGAUAGUCGUUUUUUUGUGUUUACAAGGAAGGAAGCGAUACUUGUGAGGUUCAAUUUUAAAGAAGUUUUAUUUUAAGAACUAAAACCUUUCUUUUGUUCUACUUUCAGUACCACUCGACAAGCGCACUGCUACGCCAUUUUACACCGCUGUUCACUCAACAGUUUCCAGAGUUCUGAACGCCAACGGUUAUUCUGAAGUGAACCUUUCCAAACUGUUUAGUGCUUUCUUCGCAGUGGAUAAAUAGAUAAUUCUGUAAAGCUGGAAAAUAAUUAUUUCAUUCAGAGCAGCUUUCAAAUGGCGUGAAGUCGUUUUGGAUUUUCCUGCGAAUUUGCCGAGUUGUAUUAUUGGUUGAAAGAAAACAACGCGCGCAUCGUGUUGUAGCCAAUCGGGUUCAAGAUGUGUAACUAAUCAGUUGCAAUCAAGACAGCACACGCGAAAUUUCCCGCGCUUUCCCAUCGCAAGUGGGUGAUAUGUUUUGUUGCCUUUAUCACAAUUAACCCAUAAAUACGAGACGACGCAAUUGUCUUAAUAAGUUUUGUAGUUAUGUAGUGUAUUUUUCUUCUCGAGGUAAAUCGUUUGAAUAAGUUUCUACCAUCCAAAAAAUCCUAUGCAUUGAAAAUCUCACCAACUUAUUGUCUUUUUUGACGUACAAUUCUAGAAUUUUCUUCAUAAAAUGCUGGCCAUGUUAUCUCAGUUUACGCUGGUGAUCGAAUGUGAAAAAUACUGAGUUGUUUUACCAUAAACAUUUACGAUAUUGUAACUUCAUAUUGAAAGGUGAAAUAAAUGAAAUGUUCCUUAGUGAUA